AUGGAGGACGCCAGCCCACCUGUGCCCAAGCCACGCAUUGUACGCGUGCCAGUGCCCACACAGACAAAUACAGAUGCUCGUCGCCAGGGACUCCGGACGUUGAACUUGCCUACAGUGGGCGUAACGCAGGCCGCCGCGGAGGCGGCCGCUGCUGCAUCCCAAUUUAGCUCCCCACCGAACGCGCGAUCGGAUCGUAGUGUGUCGGGGACACAAGUGCCAUCUGAUAUCGAGCCGAUGGAUUCAGAACGUACACGCUAUUUCCGCCGGCUUUCUGCCCUGCCCCCUGCGCCGCCGCAUAUCCCAUCGAUGCCCAAAUCCGUAUUGAAGUUUGUGGACGCGAUUCGUGGCGUAUUGUUUGCCCUGUCCCAAAUCUACACGGCAGUAAAUCAGCACACUUCUGUUUCCAAUGACGAACGAUUGGUGGCGCACUUACAGCGUGUCCUAAGCAUGGCAGCCAAGUCAAUGAGCGCCUUGAUUGCGGCCCUAGACCGGCUUGAUGCAUCGGCUCAAACAGGCGUACCUGAUACUUCGAUUAUACGCAACGUCAUGGAAGCCUGCAAUGAAAGUGUUCGCAUGUUUCGUCGCGCUGUGAUGAUGCUGUAUACCAAGAUGCCACAGCUUGAACAAAGCGUGGAUCCUCGAUUUACGCGAACACUCUUGCUUUUGCUCUAUGGAAGUAUAGCUGAGCUCCGCAACUGUGCCGAAAUGAUGGCACCAGCCAUGCAGGAUGUGACAGAAUUCGUGUCACAAGAGACCAGCCAACCUGUUCCGCCCCAGACGCCGCUUCUUCGUUCGGUUCGCAAACCAAGUCAGGCAGAUACGUCUUUCGGAACGCCCAUUGACAUGCAUGACGCUAGCGAUAUGGACGUUGUACCGUCUGCGUCCAGUACACCCAUUAGUAAACUGUAUGGACGAAGACCUUCGAUACCAGCACUUCGCUCACCAGCGCUCUCACCACGCGACACGUCGAAACCUUCGACCUUUCGCACACCUGCGUCCCCACGGCCUGGCACGACGUUAUCCCGCAUGCGAUCUGGCCAAAGUCUUAAAUCAGAGGCAUCAAACGAUGGAAUGUCUUCCUUAAUUAUGCAAGUGGCAAGCAAUGCUACCACUACGUGGUCUGAACUGCGAGCCUAUGUCCAGGAAGGUCUGCGACGCAUCGAUGAGGGAGAGACGCCUCAGUCGCCAGGCGAUACGCGGUACAAGCGACUCCGUGACGUGGAGGAGGCGUGCAAACAUACGUUGGAUCUAACUAAGCAACUACAAACCUCUUGCGAGCGAGUCGGUGAGUUUCCCUUGCAUGCGAGCAGCCGCGAUACGCAUCAGUUAUGGGAAGACGCCAACCAGUUUGUGCGAUCCAUUAUCCAUAUAUCUACCUUGGUACGAGCUGUGGCCGUGUCCUAUCCGUUUCCACGCGAGCUGAUGCGGGGCGUCAGCGAUGUGAACCAAGGAUGCUCAGCCCUCGCGGUACAACUCCAUACGCUCUCCACAUAG